AUGGAGCAGGGGGCGGCGCCCGUCAGGGAGGCUGCCCGUCAGUGCUGCCGCGGGCCGGCACUGCUGGGGGACUCAGCGCAAUCUCCGCAGCUGCUGGCUCGGGUGCUACGCCCCUCACUGCCCUGUCGCUCAGUGUGCGGGGCCCGCAGCCAAGCCCGCGCCCGCCCCCGCCGGAACUCGCGCUGGCCAGCGAGCGCCGCGCGGCCCUGGUUCCUGCCCGCGCCUCUCCCUCCACACCUCCCCGCAAAUAGAGGGAGGCGGCUCCGGCCUCAGCCAGCCCAGAGAGGGGCUCCCACGGUGCCGUGGCGGGCUGAAGGGGUCCUCAAGCGCCGCCAGAGUGGACGCCGAGGCCCAGGAGGCGCUGAGAGAACGGUGCCCGGCCGGGCUGGCUAUGCCUCCCGCUGCUGCGGUUCCCGCCGGCGACUGCCGCGUCACCGGGCGCUGCGCGGGUUGCUGCUGUUUUGCCUGUGGCUGCCGAGAGACCGCUUGGCCUUGCCUCCCGCGACGCCGCUGUCUGAGCUGCACGCGCAGUCGUCGGGCGUGGAGCAGCUGCCGGAGGAGUUUCGCCAGCAGCCGGACGACUCCCUGGCGGCGGAUACCAGCUUCCUUCGGGCGCCGCUGGCCGUGCUGGGCUGGCGACAGUGCGGGGCGGCCUGCUGCUCCGAGCCGCGCUGCUGCGUGGCCGUGGUGGAGUUGCCCCGGCGGACCGCGCCUCUGGCCGCCGCACUGGGCUGCUACCUCUUUAACUGCACGGCGCGCGGCCGCAACAUCUGCAGGCCAAGGCAACUCCUCGCGCUGCACCGCGGCUACGGCAGCUACAACCCCAGCCGCGCCCCGGACGGCGUCGCCCCGUCCACCGCACGCGCCUCGCUUCGGCUGGGUAAGCGCGUGACUGAGGGGCCGGCCGAGGCCAGAGCAUUCGGUUCCCGCAGCGCCCUCUCCAAUGUGGAAGAGAAACACACUCGUGCUAAGUUGUUUUAG